UCCUUCCCCCCUAUCCCACUUCUUUCUCCAAAAUCUAUCCGUUGUUCAAAGACGUAGGUAGAUCAAGAAAAGUAUUCACGACAUCAUUCGUUAUUCGUUGUUGAGUCCUAUUGUUGUUCUCUUGUCAUUUUUCUCGUCAAUCACAUUCGCUUGGGAAUCCAUUCUUCCAUUACACUACAUCUGCCAAGCAAGCAAGAGCAAUUUAAUAAUCCUUCAAUUUUGGACGAAUUUCAAGGGAAGGCACCAUACGAAGAAACAGUUAAUGCACAUAAAACGGCCGACCGACAGAUUUCAUAUUACGACAAGGAAAGAAUCAGGGGAUUCUAGUGUUUCGCGGGGAACUACAACUUUACUACCCAAUCUUCGAACGAGAAAUUCAAUCACACCCAGCACAUACUUAUUCACUCGAUACGAGAAUAUUUUAAGUACAAUAAGUCGUUGAUCUUAUUACACUUCUAUCGUGGACCUUUUAUAUUUCUUUGAUAGUUCAUCGUACUAUUCGUACUACCUUAAGACCCCUCGAUAUCGCCGAUCGCUUCGAUAUCAAUUUGGGCGGCUCUCUUUUUUGACUUCUGCAUAUACAUACGAAAUGGUUGGAAAAUCAGCAUUAUUGUCCGUCCUGGCGUCAGCCUCGGUGGCGUUCGCUGCUUGCAGUCUUGACAGUCAUUGUCCCGAAGAAACUCCAUGUUGCUCUCAAUAUGGAGAAUGUGGUACUGGUGCAUAUUGUUUAGGAGGUUGUGAUCCUCGAAUGUCAUUCUCUGUCGAUUCCUGCGUUCCCGAACCCGUCUGCGAGAGCGCUUCAUAUACAUUUACGAGCAUGGAUGGAAUAACUUCAAACAUAAAAUACUUGGGUGAUGCAUCAAAGUCAAAUUGGGUUUAUAGUGGAAGUCCAGUUAUCUACAAUGACAAUGUGUUGUUGACUAUGUCGGCAAACUCGGUCGGAACGGUUAUGGCAUCUUCGACUUAUAUGUGGUAUGGAAAUGUAAAGGCAAAGUUCAAGACUAGUAGAGGUCGGGGUGUGAUUACGGCUUUUAUUCUUUUCUCGGACGUCAAGGAUGAAAUCGAUUACGAAUUUGUUGGUUCGGAAUUGACCACUGCUCAAUCCAACUAUUAUUUCCAGGGUAUUACAAAUUAUGACAACGAGUUAAAUAUCACUCUUUCCGAUACAUAUGCCAAUUAUCACGAGUACGAAAUCGAUUGGACUCCUGAUGAGAUUACUUGGCUUGUAGAUGGACAGGUUGGACGUACAAAGAAGCGUGCAGAUACUUGGAAUGCAACCGCAAACCAAUGGAACUUCCCACAAACUCCCGCUCGAGUCCAACUCUCUCUUUGGCCCGGUGGUCUCGCAAGUAACGGUGCUGGAACUAUCGCUUGGGCAGGUGGUGAAAUUGACUGGAAUUCUGAGGAUAUUAAAGACAACGGUUACUACUAUGCCGCUUUUGAAUCGGUUGACAUUUCAUGUUACAACGCAAAAUCUGCUCCAGGAACCAAUUCCGGAAAGUCAUACUAUUAUAACAGUGCUUUGGGAACCAAUAACACCGUCAUUGAUUCAAACAACGCAACUAUCCUCUCCUCACUCUUGGCUACUGGAACAAAUAUGACCGCGGGAGAAUCAGCAGCAGCUUCCGGUUCAACUGCUGUUUCCACUGCCGCAACAGUACCUGGACUUACAGGUUCGGGUGGUGGAGGAGUUGGAGAUGACCAUUCUGGUGAUGACAGUAGCAGUAUUGAUUCUAGCUCGGGAUCAGCAACUUCAUCCUCCAGUGGUUCAUCUUCAACUGGCAGCAGUGGAUUUUCCCAAGGAGAUGGCUCUACCACUACUAGCAAAAGCAGUGCAGAUAGCCUCGUUGCAAAUCAAGAACGAGUCCUCAAAGGCAGUGUAUUUGCAGGAAUUGUGGCAGUCGUUGCUAUGAUGGCUUUGUAAAGUACUGCAUUAUCGCAUACGUCAGGGGUCCUUUUUUGGCAUUUGCAUUUUUGAAAAUUAGCUUGGCAUUGGGUUGGGGGUUUACUUACAUUAUAACAGCUUGAACAUUUUUUUUCCACAGUUCCCUGUUUUUGUUAUGUUUUGAUGGUAGAUAUGGAGAGUGGAGUGGUUGAUACCUCACUUAAUGGCGUUUUUAGCUGUCCGUUCCUUUUUAAGAGGGUGGUUAGCAGGCUAGGGGUUUUUUUUAAUCACAGUUUAUUCUUGUGAAUAGUUUUUUUUGGUUGGUGGAUUAGGAUGGAUGAAGGACACCUUGAUAGAUGAUGACUCAAGAUGAGAUCAGAUGAGACGAGUUAGUGGGAUGUUGAAACGAUACGAGAUGAGAUGAUGGAUAAUGGAUAAUAAAUCCUCCGACUCGAAUAACCUUGGGUUAACUCGAAAUAGGUAUUCAAAUCACACUUUCGAGCGAUUAUUACAAAUACAUUGAGAUUUUAAGAAUUUGAUUCAUGAUUGAAUUCUGAGUUUGAGUAUUGAAGUGAGAUUGGAUUUGUAUGAGUGAGUAAUGAGGGGUUUACAUAUAAUUUGAAUUGAUGCAUGUACAGAAAGCGGAAUUCUAUUAAUGGAUGGAUAGUGACAUUGAGGGUAUGGAAUGUAUGUUUCGGAAUUGAGUUGAAGGGGAGAGUUUAAGUGUACUCUGUACUAUAUUGAUGACUUAUUAACGUAGUUUAUCAGUGUGUGCACCAUAUCAGUGCGUGCACCACUUCAAAAUACACCAAAAUUAAUCUUUUA